AUACUCCAGGCAACAGUGGAGGCCCCACCCUUUGUGUUGCCCACAGUCCGUCAAUCAAAGUUCAACAAAAUCUGACUGAUAUCCCACAUUUGAGAUCGUAUAAAGUCUAUUUAAUCCGCCGGUCAUGUUCUCGAGCUUGUGACCACCUGGACUCUGCGUUUUAAAACAAGUCAAGGAAUGACUGCUCCAGAACAGCCGCUGAAACCCGAUGAUAUGGCUGCCUUGGACGGUGAUGGCAGUCAGAACGACUUUGUGCAAAAGGAGGAAGACAGGGGGAACCAGCCAUCUGAUCCAUCUUCGCAGCUCACCGGAACUGACAGGUGGCAGGUGCUAACCCCCACCACCACAGCAAAGGACGACUCUGGAAUUAUUCAGAUCCAAAGUCAAGGAAUCUUAACAUCAAACGGACAGUAUGUUCUCCCUCUCCAAAAUCUACAAAGUCAACCAAUCUUCGUGACGUCGGGAAGGGACGCCUCCUCUGCCAAUUCAGUGCCUAACAUUCAGUAUCAAGUAAUUCCUCAGAUCCAGACGGCAGACGGGCAGCUGAGCUUCUCCACGUCCAGCGUGGAGGCUCAGAGUUUGACUCAGGACGCCACAGGGCAGAUUCAGAUCUUGACUGAUGGCAGCCAGAGUCUGGGCGUGGCCACAUCUGCAAGCAUUCUCAACAACAAUCAGAACCUCAUUUCACAGACUGGUAAUGUGCAGCAGAUCCAAGGAGUUUCUGUUGGCAGCUCCACGUUCACCAACCAGGGCCAUGUUGUUACCAGUGUGCCUGUGGGCUUGCCCGGGAACAUUACCUUCCUUCCUAUUAACAGCGUCGACUUGGACUCCCUUGGCCUUUCGGGGGCUCAGACUAUAGCAACAGGAGUUACUGCUGAUGGCCAGCUGAUUAUGGCGAGCCAGCCUGCAGAGAGCUCAGAAAAGCCAGAGGACCACCUCUCACAGACACUACCAGCAAGUGACUCGAAUGCAAACACUGAGAUGUUUGGGUCCACACCUUCAUCUCAGCUGCAUGCUUCAGCGAACGAAGCUAACCUGCUGACACAGGACAGUUCUGCAGGGCAGGCCGACUCCACUGCCGCUAUUGAAGAAGACUAUGUUCAACAGAACCAGGAGCAGAGCGUGCAGGUAUCUUCAGCCCAGCCGGUCCUCCAGCUCCAGCAGGUGCCUGUUCAGACCACCAAUGGUCAGGUGGUCCAGUCCAUAGCAGCAGCAGCAGGUGGGCAGAAUCUCCAAAAUGUGCAGCUGAUCAACCCGGGAACCUUCAUCAUCCAAGCUCAAACAGUCACACCAUCCGGUCAGAUACAGUGGCAGACCUUCCAGGUCCAAGGAGUGCAGAACCUCCAGAACCUCCAGCUGCCCACCACGCCUCCCCAGCAGAUAACCCUGGCACCCGUGCAGACCCUGUCACUGGGAAACAUCAGUGCCGGGCAGAUCCCCAACCUACAGACGGUCACCGUCAACUCAUUGGGGCAGCAGGAGGGAGACCAGGGCGCCAUUGCAGACAUUCAGAUCAAGGAGGAGCCGGACGCCAGAGAUUGGCUCGGCACAGACUCCACACUGAACCCCAGCGAUCUGUCCAACCUUCACGCCAGACUUGUAGAUGACGACGACCAGUUUGGCCAAGAAGGCAAGCGGCUGCGCAGGGUGGCGUGUACCUGUCCAAACUGUAAAGACUCUGGUGGCAGAGGAUCCGGCACGGGGAAGAAGAAGCAGCACAUCUGCCACAUCGUGGGCUGUGGGAAAGUUUAUGGAAAGACAUCACACCUGCGAGCACACCUGCGCUGGCAUUCUGGGGAGCGACCUUUUGUCUGCAGCUGGAUGUUCUGUGGGAAGAGGUUCACACGCAGCGAUGAGCUGCAGAGGCACCGGAGAACACACACUGGAGAGAAGAAGUUCGUCUGCCCAGAAUGCUCCAAGCGCUUCAUGCGGAGCGACCACCUGGCGAAACACAUCAAAACCCAUCAGAACAAAAAAGGCGUGAACUCUGGCGGCACCGUGGUGGCCUCGAUGGAAUCGGCAGGUUCCUCCGACAGCAUCAUCACCACGGCGGGCGGGACCACCCUCAUCCUCGCCAACAUCCAGCAGAGCUCCAACAACGCCCAGGACAUCCUGGCCAACGCAGAGAUCCCCCUGCAGCUCGUCACCAAGGUAUCAGCCAGCGAAGUCAUGGAGUGAUGGAGCUGCGCUCAUGAACUUCUGCAGCACCUCUCAUACUGUAUACUUCUACCUACAUUUUUACUGAAGUUUUGAAGGAAAAUAUAAAUAUAUAUAUAUAUAUAUAUAUUUUAACACAGACGGUCAUUUCGUGUAUUCUUAGUUUCCUCUGAGGAAAACAAAGGUUAGUGGAGACUAAAAGGUAGGAAAAGACAUUGCAGUAAACACAAGGAAAUGCCUUAUUUUGUACAAUAUUGUGGUCUUGGAAAUGUAGGUUUUCGGUUCAAGUCGGAUGUUCACUCUGUUUUUUUUUUCUCUUAAAAAAAUAUGAAUCUUGGUUAAUUUCUGUUACCAAAAUUGUUCCGUUUUCUUUUAAAUGAACCUAAUCUCAAGCUCAACUAAAGUUUUGUUUUUGUUUUUUAAAUGGUUUCUGCUCACAAAUUCCCUCAUACCUUCAGUUGGUUUUUAUAAAUGUGUUUACUAUGUUUUGCAGUCGAAAAUGGAGGGAAAAAAAGCAAAAAAAAACAAUCAACAUUUUUGUAAUUUCUGUAUACUGUUAAUAUGGCGCAUUGUUUGCUUAUUCAAUAUUUUUCGACUGAACUGCUAUUUAUAGUAGGCUUUACAGAAACGUUGUGAUAAUAAGGGUCUGAAAUAUUUCAAAGCUUGCCACUAUGUGUAAUUCAAAUGUGUCCUUUUGUACCCUUUUUGAGAUUUUCCAAACGACAGUGAUACCAUGUUGUAAUAUAGUGAAGCAAAAGCCAUCGCUUUGGCUGGAAUUGCCAAAUUUGAUCCACAACUCAGGGUCUCGUGACUGCGUUGCUACGAGUGGAGUAAUCGACAUUCGUAGCCUCUUUGGCCAUGGUGGGUUUCUAAUGUUUUUUUUUUUAUGUAAAAAUGCUAAUUCUGUCAUCAUUUUACUUUGACUCAUCCAGUUUUAUUUAUAAAUGAAGAACUUGUGUUUGUGUUAGAAAAAUUCCACAAGUGUUUUGGUCCAUUAAUCCUAUCAAUUAAAAAAAAUUAAGAAAGUGGUACUAAUUUUAGCAGCACUGUUCUUAUCACUUUAAUCAGUGUUCUCCCCUUUUUAUAUUGAAGUACUACACUGUUAUACCUAUUGUUUGCAAAUACACAUUUUUUUUGUCCUUUUUAACUUUAUCCAUGUUACAUUCCCCCUUCUUUAACCAUGUUAUGACCGGAUCUUCUCCAGAUCCCAGAUUGUUCAAGAACAUCAACUAAAUUGUGUUUUUAUUUUAUUUUGUUGAGACAGUUCUGUACUGUGUUCAAAUGUCACUUCUACACCCAUCCGAUCCUCUGCCAGAAGUUUUUGACUCAAUCAUCCUUAAACUCAUGGCAUAUUUUUAUUCUUUGCUCAACUUUGAAAAUUUUGUCUUUUCUCAAUUUUCUGUAUAAAUAUGUCGAUAUAUAACAUCAAUAUAAAUCUUUGUUACACCUGGA